AUGUCUAAAGUUUACUUUGAUAUUGCUGCCAACGGUCAAAAGAUCGGUAGAAUUACCUUUAAAUUAUACAAUGAUAUUGUACCAAAGACUUCUGAAAAUUUCAGAGCUUUAGCUACUGGUGAAAAGGGAUUUGGUUAUGCUGGAUCUCCAUUCCACAGAGUUAUUCCUCAAUUCAUGUUACAAGGUGGUGACUUCACCAGAGGUAAUGGUACUGGUGGUAAAUCUAUCUAUGGUGAAAAAUUUGCUGAUGAAAACUUCUCCAAGAGACACGAUAAACCAGGUUUAUUAUCCAUGGCCAAUGCUGGUCCAAACACCAACGGAUCUCAAUUCUUUAUUACCACUGUCCCAUGCCCAUGGUUAGACGGUAAGCACGUUGUCUUCGGUGAAGUUGUUGACGGUUUUGAUGUUGUCAAGAAGGUUGAAUCUUACGGUUCCAACUCUGGUGCUACUUCCGCCAAGAUUGUUGUUGAAUCUUCUGGUGAAUUAUAA